AGUAGUCGGCAAAGAAGUGGGAUUUGUGGUGCCAUAUCAACACAGGCAAAGGGAACUCUAAAUUGCUAUGGAAAAAAUGAAAUAGUUCUUUGAUUUUCUUCUAAUUCUCUCUGCCUCCAAACCAAGCCGAUUUUCUCUCUGUGUUAUAACUUUGGUAAGCCAUUUCCCUGUAGAAUCACAUUACCUUACCCUUCUAUUGAACUGCCACAAACCAAAGUGAUCAAACGCUGAAUUUUUAUGCUUCACAGUAGUUUCAAGCUCUUGAAAUUUGAAAGUUUUCCACAAUCUUGACAUCUGAGAAAUAUCUUUGCUUGUUGGUUUUUCUUUCAUUUAUCAUUUCAUGGCUUCUUUAUUGCUCAAUGGACCUCAAAAUGUGAACUUCAUUGGUGUCAUAACCCCAUCUGGGCUAGGUUUUGUAGGUUCAAAUCUUCAUGUUAGUUGUUUUUCGUCGAAAAAUAUUGUACCAUGCCAUAAUAGGAAUCAAAAUUCAAGAAUCUUAGCACCCAGAUGUUCUUUAUCAUCUGCAAGGCCUGCUUCUCAGCCUAGGUUCAUACAACACAAGAAAGAGGCAUUUUGGUUCUAUAGAUUCCUGUCUAUAGUGUAUGAUCAUAUCAUUAACCCUGGUCAUUGGACUGAGGAUAUGAGGGAUGAGGCACUUGAGCCUGCUGACCUCUAUGAUAGGAGGAUGACAGUGGUAGAUGUCGGUGGUGGUACUGGGUUCACUACUUUGGGUAUUGUUAAACAUGUGGAUGCCAAGAAUGUUACAAUUCUAGACCAGUCACCUCACCAGCUUGCUAAGGCUAAGCAGAAGAAGCCCUUGAAGGAAUGCAAGAUAAUUGAAGGGGACGCUGAGGAUCUUCCCUUCCCUACUGAUUAUGCAGAUCGUUAUGUAUCCGCUGGAAGUAUUGAGUACUGGCCGGAUCCCCAACGUGGCAUCAAAGAAGCAUACAGAGUGCUGAAAAUAGGAGGGAAAGCAUGUAUUAUAGGUCCCGUCUACCCAACCUUUUGGCUGUCUAGAUUUUUUGCUGAUGUGUGGAUGCUCUUCCCAAAAGAGGAAGAGUACAUUGAAUGGUUUAAAAAGGCUGGAUUUAAAGAUGUUAAACUGAAAAGGAUUGGUCCAAAAUGGUAUCGUGGUGUCCGUCGGCAUGGUUUGAUAAUGGGUUGCUCUGUGACUGGCGUAAAGCGAUUAUCAGGAGACUCUCCCCUGCAGCUUGGUCCAAAGGCAGAGGAGAUUGAGAAGCCAGUGAAUCCAUUGGUGUUCCUUAUGCGAUUCAUUCUCGGGGCAAUGGCAGCAACAUACUUUAUUCUGGUUCCAAUUUACAUGUGGCUCAAAGAUCAAAUUGUCCCAAAGGGCAUGCCUAUAUGAAAAGGUGGAGGAUAGUUGGGAAAAUAUUGGACACCAUUUUCUGUUCUAAGUGGCUGCUUGUUUAUCACAGUGAUUAGCCUGCUCUCUUUUGUCUUUUAUAUUACUGUUGAAUCAAGAUAGUUGAGACAUCUUAUCAAAUAGAUCGAGGAACCUGCCUCAAGCCUUGUAUUGCUCUUGGUUGUAACCUUAAGGCCUUAGCGUUAGGUUUGCUAUUGCACCAGUAAUGGAGAACGUCAACCAACUUGAUUUGUAACUGAACCGUGGUUUCUUUGUUCCUUGUACAAUUCAACCAUGCUUGUAAUAGUUGUUUGCAAAGCAAAAAGGGUGCCUACUGGUUCGUGUCA